AUGCUUCACUCUCCACUGAAAACAGCGUUGGCAUAUGAGUGCUUCCAAGACCAGGCCAGCUCCACUCUAGCUCUGCCCUCGGACCACAAGCUGAAAACUAAGGGCACGGGAAAACAGCGGGUCCAAGAGCAAGUGAUGAUGACGGUGAAGCGCCAGAAGCAAAAGUCGUCCAUAUCGUCAAGUGUGGGCCACUCCAACCGAGGUUCCAUGUACGAUGGUUUAGCUGAUGGUUAUGGCUAUGGGACAUCCCGGGGCAGCUAUUACGCCAAAACCCAAACAGGAAACAGCAGCUGGGGAUAUCCGCUGUACAACGGGACCCUGAAGCGGGACGUGGAGAACAGGCGCUACAGCUCGUACAGCCAGAUGGAGGGCUGGGGCAGCAAGCACUACAGCAAGGCUGUCUGCAGCCCCACCAGGGCCGGCAGCGACUACUGCUUUGUGCAGAACAUCAAGAGCAGCCGGAGCGAGCCCGACCUCUACUGCGAACCGCCCCGGGGCACGCUGAGGAAGAGUCAGGUGGGGGGCCGGGCAGAGCACAAGGCAACCUUAAACCGCCAGAGCAUCUACAGCAGCUGUAGCACCCAGCAAGGAACUACCAGGACAAGUAAAAAAAUGCCAGCACGGGCCCUCUCCUGCCCCUCAAGCAACAAGCCCGAUGUGGUCUAUGCCCAACCCAUGAUGAGCUGCAAGCAGGACGUGGUUUAUGGACAGGCUCAGUCCGGCUCCAAAAUAUGUGGUGAUGAGAUAGACGGCGGUACAAUGACCAUCCAGAAAGCCAUACAACUUCUGUGCUCCUCUGAUGACAAAUACCAGGCCAUGGGUGCUUACUACCUUCAGCACACCUGCUUCCAGGAUGAGUCUGCCAAGCAAGAGGUCUAUCGGCUGGGAGGAAUUGCCAAGCUCGUCGAGCUGCUGCGCAGCACAAACCAGAACGUACAGCGGGCGGCAGCUGGAGCCCUCCGAAAUUUGGUCUUCAAGAAUCCAACCAACAAGAUAGAAACCCGGCGGCAGAAUGGGAUAAGGGAGAGCGUGAGCCUCCUACGGAGAACAGGGAACACUGAAAUUCAGAAACAACUGACAGGACUGCUCUGGAACCUCUCCUCCACCGAUGAAUUAAAAGAAGAGUUGAUACAGGAGGCCCUCCCCGUCUUGACAGACUGUGUUAUCAUCCCUUUCUCUGGUUGGUCUGAUGGCAGCUGCAAUAGGACAAGAGAAAUUAUUGACCCAGAAGUAUUCUUCAAUGCUACAGGGUGUUUGAGAAACUUGAGUUCUGCAGACAUGGGGCGCCAGACCAUGAGGAAUUACCCUGGCUUGAUCGAUUCAGUCAUGACUUAUGCCCAGAACUGCGUGGCUUCUAACCGACCUGAUGAUAAGUCUGUGGAGAAUUGCAUCUGCAUCCUGCACAACCUCUCCUACCGCCUGGAUGCCGAAGUUCCCAACAAAUACACCCAGCUCAACCACAUGGCCCGGAGCGUUUAUAUGGACAAAACUCUCACAGGCUGUUUCAACAGCAGGAGUGGUAAAAUGGAGAACGAUGAGUACGGUGUCCCCCUUCCUGAGGAGGAUUUUAAACCCAAAGGACCGAGCUGGCUCUACCACUCUGAUGCCAUCCGCACCUACCUGUCCCUGAUGGAUCAGAGCAAGAAGGAUGCCACCCUGGAAGCUUGUGCUGGAGCUCUGCAGAACCUCACUGCGAGCCGAGGGCUGAUGUCCAACGCAAUGAGCCAAUUGAUUGGUUUGAAGGAAAAGGGUUUGCCUCGUAUAGCACGGCUCCUCCAGUCCAACAGCUCUGAAGUUGUCCGGUCUGGGGCUUCUUUGCUGAGCAACAUGUCCCGGCAUCCUGUUCUCCACAAAACCAUGGCUCACCAGGUGCUCCCAGAUGUAUCACGUCUCCUGUCAUUCCAGUCUGGAAAUACCAACAGCUAUGGCGAGAUCAUGACAUCAGCUUGUUACACUCUGAGGAACCUCAUCAUGUCCAACCCACACCUGGGAAAGUCUUACUUGACAAGCAACAUGCUAAAUAAUGUAGUAAGCCUGUGCCGAAAUGGCUCCUGUCCAAAAGCGGCCGAAGCUGCUCGCCUCCUCCUGACAGAUCUUUGGUCGAACAGGGAGCUCCAGAGUGUCCUCAAGCAGCAAGGAUUUGAUAAGAACAUGAUGGGAUCUUUAGCUGGAACGACCUUCAGGACCCUGUCCUCCAGAUUUUAGGAGCCUCUCCAUGCACGUUCAGGCUGCAGAAUUUGGAAUUGGUUCAUGUCCAGGAAGACAACCC